AUGUCAACCGCGAAUACCCAGAGGCUAGGCCAGAGGGCUCCCUCAACAAUUUUGACGCAGGGAGGUAACAAGAGGGCUCGUGUCUUCGCACUUACCCGCAAGGAAGCGGCGGAUGCCGAAACCAUUGUCACAGGUAGGGUCUUAGUCCAUAAUGUGCCUACUUAUGCAUUGUUUGAUUCUAGGUCAAGUCACACUUUUAUUUCCACUGCGUUUGUUCGUCAGGCAACCCUCAAAAUAGAGCUGUUAGGGAUUUUGUUGUCAGUUUCUACGCCAUCAGGAACAGUUAUGAUUGCUAGUCAAAUGGUGAGAGCAGACAAGUUAUCCUUUGACAAUCAGACCCUAAAGGCAAGAUUGAUCCAGCUGGACAUACGGGAUUUUGACGUCAUAUUGGGCAUGGAUUGGCUAGCUACCAACCAAGCCAACAUUAACUGCCCAAGGAGGGAAGUCUCCUUCCAACUACCUUCGGGUCGGAGCUUUACGUUUAAAGGAGUUACGGGUGGAGUUCCAAAGGCAGUUUCGACAUUGAAGGCAAGGCGUCGCCUGGGGUUAUUUGGCCAGUGUCGUCGACACUAG